UAACUAAAUCGUUACUCUAAUACUGAAAAUGGUAUUUAUCGUGUAGUUCAUAUGAAACAAUUUUCGAAUGGCGUUUAAUUAUGCAAAUUUGGCUGAUAACAUGUUGCCAGUUUUUGGGAGCCUGCCAAAUGGCGUCAGUUUGCCAAAUCAUCCCAAUUUUAUUAAUCAAUUGGCUGCUGCCAUUACAUCCGGCACGGUUGGCGUGGCCGCGCCCACAGCACCAAAUAGUAGUGGCGCUGCGGCACAAACAACCAGCCCAACAAAUAACAAAACAAAAAGCAGCACAUUGAAGCAGCACAACGCACAGGGCAGUGCUCCUAUGGAUUUGGAAAAUGACAACGACGCGGAAAACACUGAUGCCAUGGCGGCUGUAAAAUCGGUGGAUAAAUUACCAGGCUCAGCUCUAUCGCUGCCUGAAGCCCAGCAACUCUAUUUGAAUGGUCUGAUGCACACACCGCCCGGCUACUUGUACUUUCCUACCGCACAGAAUGCUGCAGCUGCUGUAGCAGCGACUACGCCAAGCGGCACAACAUCUGCAUCAGCUAAUGCCUCGAAUCCUAAUGCCCAAAUGCUGCUCGAUCACUCCGCGAUGAUGGCGGCAAUGCAACAAAUGCAGCAUAACUAUGCAGCUGGCUAUGUGGCCGCAACAACAGUUGGUGGAAUGCCGUCUGAUGGGGCUGGACCGGGAAUGGAUGGUACUGUGGCAGCCGAUGGGACAAGCAAUUCUGCCGGCUUAAAAGAGGUGAUCAAGACCAAGAACUGCAUACUGUUUCCACCCAACCCAAACGCACCGCCACCUACUAUACGCGAACGUCCGCCGGGCUGUCGCACUGUGUUUGUGGGUGGCCUGCCAGAGAACAUUACAGAAGACGUUAUUCGAGAGAUAUUUGAGUCGUGUGGCGAGAUCACCACACUACGCAUGUCUAAGAAGAACUUUUGCCAUAUACGCUACCGACAUGAGGCAGCCAUAGAUCGUGCCAUUUAUUUGUCGGGCUACCGACUACGCAUCUCCAACCAAAAUGAGCCCCCGAAUUUCGGGCGUCUGCAUGUGGACUACGCUCAGGCGCGGGAUGAUCAAUACGACUACGAAUGUAAGCAGCGUCAAUUACAGAGGGAGCAGCGUCAUCGAGAACGCAUGUCGCUGGAUCGCAUGCGUUCACAAUCGCCGCCCCCAAUACCACAUUAUACGGAUCAUGAGGCUACCGCAGUGGCAGAGCAUCUGCGCAAUAACGAAACGUUUGUGAAGGCCAUACAAACUAUUACCGCCUGGCUGGAACGUGGCGACUGCACCAAGCGCAAUGCAAACGUCUUUUACUCCAUGAUCCAAAGCACACAUGCGCAUGUGCGGCGGCUGCAUACGGAUAAGCAGCAGCUCGAGGAGGAUCUGCGUAAAGCGCGUGAAUGUUAUCGCAAACAAAUGGGCACCAUGUCAACACAAUUCACUCAGAUUGAAAAAGUGUUCAAUGCCGCUAGUCACAAGAAGGUUUGGGACCAUUUCACGAAAGCCCAAAGAAAAAACAUCGACCAAUGGAAGAAAUUAGCAACGGAACUGCGCACAGUCCACAUCGACGAUGAUGAAAUGGAAAUCUCAGAUGACGAGCGCGACUACGAGAGGCGCAGCAAACGUACUCGCUACGAUAGCGAUGGACUAAAGGAUGAGAAUGACUCACUACGUUGUCAAUUAGAGGCCAUUCGUAAUGAGAUGUCUGUGGAGCGCAGCGACUGUGUGCAGCGCGAAAAGCAAAUCAAGGUGUUACAAGAAACAAUACGUAACAUGCAAACACAGCUGUUGCAAACGAAGUUGCGCGAGCAAAAAGACUGCAAAACCAUUGAGCAGCUGGAAAGGAAUCUCAAGGAGGCAGGCGUAAAGCAGCUGCUACUUAAGACAAAAAUAAAGGAGACUGCGGAUAAGCUAAAAGACAGGGAAGCAUAUAGCACCAGUGCUUCGGUUGCUUCAAAUCCCGAAUACAGCAGCGGUGAUUCGUGCAGUAGAAAUGCGGAUGAUCUCAGAGCAGCUGCAAAGAAAGAAAAUGCCAUAGAAUUAGAAAUAAUAGAUAUUGAUAAAGUGGACGAUGAUGUACGCAUUAUCGAGCAUCAAAGCGGUGUUGUCGAAAUUCAUGAGAUCGAGGACGAUGAGAAACUGGAGGCAGCUUCUGAGCCAAUAAAAACUACUGAUGAAGCCAAUCGAUUGCCCAAAACAGAUGAAAGUCUAAAGUCUGAUAAAGUGGAAACCGUAGUGCAAGAAAACAUCGAACCAUUGCCUACUCCAAAGAGUGAGUUAAUGUCGCUGGCACUUUUUGAAGCUAAGAUAAUAGCGUUGACUUCCGCUUAUUUGGUACUGCAUCCCCAUGGCGUGGACAUCGACAGCAUUUCCAGCUAUUUACGUGGAAUGUUGCUCAAGUCCCUUGAAUUAAAGAGCAACGAUGACCUACUAAAUAUACUCACAAGAUAUACAAAUCUUUUCAAGUCUGAACAGUCGAAGUGGAAGUUCUGUGGUUUCUCCGACGAACCUACGGAUGCCAGCGCAACCACGGCGCAGUAAAUCACAGGCGUUAACAAAAACAAUUAAGGCUUUAACUAAGUUACGACUAUUGUAUGCGUAGAAGUAAGGAAUGAGCGCCAAUGACAUGUUAACCAAAAACGUGAUUGUUGUAAUCACAAAAAUGAGACCAGUUUUCUAAACGUAGGAACUUGUAAUUAAUUUAAGCUACACUAACGACAACAAUUAU